GGAAGUCUCGGGGGGGGGGGGGAAGGAGGCGGGGAAGGGGAAGACUAUAAAUUGAUUGGUUGCCAUUGUACAGGAAUAAUGGUAGAAUUAAACAAGUUGGAAUGGUGUAAUGUCGGGACUGCUCGGCAAACACUCCCGAAGGGAAAGGGUAAGGAAAGAGGAGUAAAGAAGGAAGAAAGUAGGUAGGUAGGUGGGUAGGGAGGAAAGAAGGGAGGGAGAAGAAAGGAUAGGAGGAGGAGAAGAAGGAGAAGAUAGAGGGUUAGAAAGGAUGGUAGUGAGAAGUGGGAAAGAGGAGGGGAAGUAGGAAAGUGAGGAGAAGGUGGUGGGGGAAGUUUAAGAAGGAUGAGAAGGGAAGAAAGGAUUAAAGGGGGGAGUGGCAGUCGAGCAGCCCUGACUGAGUAUAAUUUGAGUAUAGGACUGAUUGUUGGAUAAGUGAUUGUAUUGUACACUGGUCAAAUUGUGGGAAUUAUUAUGGAAAAAUAAAAAAAUUUUGCAAAAAAAAAAAUGUAUGGAGUGUGGAAAAAGCUUUAGUAGGAAAUACGCUUUGAUUCACCAUAAAACUAUCCAUACAGAGGAGAAGCCAUAUCAAUGCAUGGACUGUGGAAAGACCUUCUGUUAUUAUAACUCUCUUACAAGACAUCAAAAGAAUCACAAAGGAGAAAGACCUUAUAAAUGCAUGGAGUGUGGAAAGAGCUUUAGUUGCAGCAGACAUCUUGAUUCCCACAAGAAGAUCCACUCAGGAGAAAAGCCAUAUAAAUGUGCUGAAUGUGGAAAAGGCUUUAGGUGGAAUUCUGCUCUUACCACCCAUAAGAGGAUCCACACAGGAGAAAAACCGUAUCAAUGCCUGGAGUGUGGAAAGACCUUUGCUAGUAGCAGUAGUCUUAAUUCCCACAAAAGGAUCCACACAGGCAACAGGCCAUAUAAAUUUGUGCACUGUGGAGAAGGCUUUAGAAGGAAUUGUGAUCUCACUUCGCAUGAAAGGAUCCAUAUGGGAGAAAAAAACACAUAAUUGCAUGAAGUGUGGGAGAGCUUUGCAAGGAGUAACGCUCUCACUUGCCGUAGAAGGAUCAACACACGAAAGAAACCAUAUCAAUAAAGGAAAUUUCAGAAGAGCAUCAACAGAAAUACAAGUAGUCCUCAGUUUAUGACUGCAAUUCAUCCCAAAAUUUCUGUUGCUAAGCAAAAUAGUUGUUAAGUGACUUUUGCCCCAUUUUACUUCUUUCCUUGUCGCAUUUGUUAAGUGAAUCCUGUACCCUAAUCCUAAGUAUCUUUUAGGUUUAAAAAAAUCCCACAACAUUAUUAGAGGUUAUCUGAUACCUCUUGCCUCAAUAUUUCUGUUCUGAUAUUGGCCCAAGAAUCUUGACCGAGUAUCUUUUUUGGCUGUUCUACUUUUUCCACCCCUGCUUGUCUGAGGAAGGCUUCAGUGAGAAGUCUGAUUGUUGCACCCAGGAUGUUAGUUGUUGCUUACAAAGUCUUGCAGUCUGUGAGGACCAAAUUCCUU